GUUUCUGAAAUACUGUCUGCACUGUUAUGUAGUUCUACGCAGCGUAAAAAAGUACCUGAAACAUCCUAUUCAUGCGAAAAAUGCAACGCACGGUUUGAAAAAUUGUCCCAUUUUAAAAUACAUAAACGUCUUCAUAUGGGUCUAAAUGUAUUCACGUGCGAUGUAUGUGAAAAGAAGUUUGGCAAUUUGAACAGUUUCGAGUCGCAUAAACGAAUACAUAGUGGCGCAAAACCUUACUCCUGCGAUAUAUGCAAAAAGAGUUAUGCUCAAAUGAGCCAUUUGAAUUAUCAUAAACGCGUACACACUGGCGAGAAACCGUUCGUGUGCGAAAUUUGUAAGAAACAGUUUACGUACUCGAGCGUCUUAACUGUACAUAUACGUAUUUGUCAUACGGAUAUAAAACCAUAUACGUGCGAAGUAUGUAAUAAACAGUUUAAAUUGCAUUGUCACUACAAAAGCCAUCAACGUGUACAUACUGGUGAACGACCGUACUCUUGUGAAAUAUGCAAUCAGCGGUUCAAGCAUAAGCAAGCUUUAAAUGGACACGUGCUAUUACACACCGGCGAAAAGCCAUACUUUUGUGAACUGUGUAAUAAGAGCUUUGCGCUUGAAAAGUAUUAUAGUUCACAUAAAUGCCGCGUCAAAAAACCUUACUCUUGCAAAGUAUGUUCAAAGAAUUUUGCGCGUCCCAGUCAGUUGAAAGACCACAAAAUUGUUCACACGCGCGAAAAUCCUUAUUCAUGCGAGUUAUGCAAAGAGCAGUUUUUGUAUAAGAGCCAACACAAGAGGCAUAACCUACGUCUUCACAGUGACGGGACGCACUUUCCGUGUGAAGUAUGCAACAAGAUAUUUGUUACAUGGAACAAUUAUGACGCACACAAACUAACUCAUACUGACAAAAAACCGUUUUCGUGUGAAUUGUGUGAACAGAAAUUUGCACAUAUAAAGAGUUUGAGUCAUCAUAAACAAGCCCACAGUGACGCAACAUACGCUUGCGAUAUAUGCAAAAGAAAAUUCUCCAACAAAUUAUCGUUGACCAGUCACAUAAGAGCGCACAUUGGUGAUAAGCCGUUCCUGUGCGACGUAUGUAACAAGCGAUUUAGGCACUUGAGCCAUUUUAAGAAGCAUAAACGCGUUCACAUGAAGAAUAAAACAUACACCUGCAAAAUAUGUAAAGAGGAGUUUGCACGGUUGUACCUUUAUCACAUACAUAGACGAAUUCAUUUAGGUGAAUUCUUAUAUUCUUGUGAACUUUGCGAGCAAAAAUUUGUAGAUAAAAGUCGUUUUGAAACACAUAAACGAAAGCACACUGGAGAGCGACCAUACACAUGCAAUAUAUGCGACAAGAAGUUUGCGGAAUCGAGUUAUUUAGCUGUACACAUGCGAAUCCACACUGGAGAAAAACCUUAUAAGUGUGAUAUAUGUGACAGACGAUUUACACAAUGCGGUGAUUGGAACAAGCACAAACGAGUACACACUGGCGUAAAGCCGUACUCCUGUGAAAUCUGUAACAAACGGCUUUCGGAUUUGCGUAGCUUUCGCUAUCACACACUUACUCACACUGGUGAAAAACCCUACUCAUGUGAUAUAUGUAACAAAAAAUAUGUUCAUCCAAAAACUUUGCGAGCACAUAGACGAACCCAUACUGGCGUAAAACCUUAAUGCGAAACAUGUUAAAUGCGUUGUAUACAAUCAAUAGCUUGAAAUGCCAUAAACAAAGAAAUAUAGAAUAUGUUAUGUUAAUAAGUUAAUAAUUUGUUUAUUGAGUUGUCUUUUACGUAAUUUUUUUUUUGUUGCUGUACAUUAUAUAUGUGACUUGCACAGUGAUUAAAAUAACAAAUGUUAUUUUGUGUGUGUGUGUAUGUUUCAUUCGUUUUUUUUUUCAUUUAUAAUUUUUAUUUGUCACAAAUACGACGUAAAGUGUGUCUUACCAUGUAAACAAACGUGACAUUGCAAUAAUACGAUUCAUAGACAAUCUAGACAUCGUAAUGU